AUCCACUGUCAAUCGCGCUCGUGGCCGGCCUGCGAUUGAUAUCAAAUGCGAUCAGCUAAGUUUCAUGGUGGAAAAUGGAUUCAAGGUACCAGAAAUGGCCCAACUCUUUAUGGUUUCAACUCGCACAAUAGAGAGGAAAAUGUCGAAGUAUGGUCUUUCCAUUUCAGGUACAUGCAUAUACUAAUAUGAGUGACCAAGAUUUAGAUGAUAUUGUGAGAGAAGCACAAAGUAAGCACAUUGGAAUUGGAUUAAGGAUGCUGAUGGGUUACAUGCGAGGAAAAGGUUUCCGUAUACAGUGGGAAAGACUGAGACAAUCACUGCUGAGAACUGAUCCCAGUGGUGUCCAUCAACGUUGGAGAGAUUCUAUUCGCCRUAGAAAAUAUUAUGUUCCAGGUCCACUAGCACUCUGGCACAUUGAUGGAAACCACAAACUUAUAAGAUGGAGGAUUGUUGUGCAUGGUGGCAUAGAUGGCUACUCACGAAUUCCAGUAUAUUUACAUGCUUCAGCUGAUAAUAAAGCUGUAACAGUACUAAAUCAAUUCACUUCAGCAGUUGAAGAAUAUGGAUUACCGUCACGUGUGCAGUGCGAUAAAGGGGGAGAAAACUAUGAAGUUGGAUGGUACAUGCUAAACCAGAGAGGACCAGGGCGUGGAAGUAUUAUUGCAGGAAAAAGCACUCACAAUCAAAGAAUAGAGCGCCUUUGGAGGGAUGUUUUCCAGGGUUGCCUCUCUUUGUUUUACCAGAUAUUCCAAUUUCUUGAACAUCAAGGCUUUCUUGAUGUAGAUGAUGAUAUUCACAUUUGGUGUUUGCACCAUGUGUAUCUUCCCAUGCUAAAUGGCCAUUUACAAACCUGGAAAAAUGCCUGGGUUUAUCAUCCACUUCGCACUGCUGGAAACAAAACACCAAUGCAGCUCUGGAUAAGUGGACUUCACAGGAGUCACUUUGGUCAUGAUGAGAGAAAUGCCCAUGUAC